AUUUACGUUGGUGAAUUAUGCGGCUCUCAAUUCCCCCAAAGUUAAUUUCUUAAUUUUAAAGUUAGUGUACCAAACUCCACAUUUACCGGCAACAUAAACCGGUUUUCCAUCAUGUCGGAGAUGCAACUGCUCAGACUGCUGGUCAACGAGCGACUGGCAGCGGCUGCCGAGGAAAUCUUUGGACUCGUUGAGAGGACGAUUGAGGAGUAUCAGGAUGAAGCUGUCCGCUCCAACAAAGAAGUCAUCCAGCUGAGACAGCAGAUCGAGCAACUGACAGUUUUAAAACCUGAAGUAGUAUUAUUCAGAGCAGACACCCAGCUGGCCUCUGAGAAACUGCCUCCUUCACUGCAGCAAUAUGACAACAAGAUGGAAGAGACCCCCUCUCUGAAUGAAACAGAGUUUCAAAAGCACCCACAGGUCAAAGAGGAGCAGGUGGAUGAAUAUAUCAGUCCAGACGAUGAGGCUGAUACUUCUGAGGAUGCUGGCCUCUGUAGAGAAAUCAACCAACUGAAACAGCAGAUCGAGCAGCUGACUGCUUUAAAAUGUGAAGGAACACUAUUCAGAGCAGACACCCGGGCAGUCUCUGAGGAGAUCAUGCCUUCACAGCAGCCAGACCAGCUUCCUACUGUGGAGGAAAAAGAGACUUAUGAUUCUCAGCAAGUCAGAGAGGAGCAGGUGGAUCAGUGCAUCAGUCCAGACAUGGAGGCUGAUACUCCCAAUGUUACUGAAGUCAGAUAUCCUACAUCAGAACCAACCAUUAACUGUGAGCUGCUCCCGUCUUCCAUGGAUGUAACUGUGAGCUUAAACAAAAGCGUAGACAACAGCUGGAACCAAAGAGAAAUUUCACCAUGGCCUCCUCAGCAUCACAGUGUUGCACUUUUCAUUGGACUGGAGCAUCCUCCAAGGGGAGAAAGAUCUUGCCGUUUUUGUGGCAAACAUUUCACGAAGGACUCUUAUCUUAUAAGGCAUGUAGACACGAGUCACAACGGGCACAAAGCCUUUAAAUGCCUGGAGUGCAACAAGGAGUUUGAACAAAGGUAUUACCUUGUUAUGCAUACAAGAAUUCACACGGGUGAAAAACCCUUUAGUUGUGAUUACUGUGACAGAACAUUCAGUCAGAACUCAAGUCGUCUUGUUCACAUGAGAAGGCACACUGGAGAGAAGCCAUAUUUUUGUAACAAAUGUGGCAAAAGCUUUGCCCAAAGCAAUCAUCUCAGAAUCUGCAAAACAAGGAGUGAGUGCAACAUCACACCGGAAGAAAUGAAUAUAUCUGAGGAUCACAAAGACAGGAAUGCUUUUAAAUGCUCUGAAUGCAACAAGGAGUUUAAGAUGAGGCAACAGCUUGUUCUGCAUAUGAGAGUCCACACUGGUGAAAAACCCUACAGCUGUGACUUUUGUGGCAAAAGUUUCACUCAGAGCUCUAACUGUAUUGUUCACAUGAGAAAGCACACUGGAGAGAAGCCCUAUUUUUGUAAGAAAUGUGGGAGGAGUUACACUUACAGCCAGCACGAAAAAUACUGCAAGGGCACACAAAACGAAAGCACAAACAAAUCUGUUCGCUGCACAACAUGUGGCAAAGACCUUCACACAGAGUCAAAUCUGAAGCUGCAUAUGGAGGUUCACAAGUCAUGGAGGCGACACAUCAUUGAGAAACGGCAAGGACAAGAGUAACAAGAGAAAAAACUUCAAGACACUCAGUCAGCCUCAGAGAAGAUUUUGCCUUCACAACAGCCAGACCAGCUUCCCAAUGUGGAGGAGAGCGACACCCAUGAUGACUCCCAGCAGGUCAAACAGGAGCAGGUGGAUCAGUGCAUCAGUCAAGACAUGGAGGCUGAUACUUGCAACGAUUCUGAAGUCAUAUAUCCCAUAUCAGAAUCAACCUCUAACUGUGAGCUGCUCCCAUCUUCCACAGCUGUGACUGUGAGUGAAAAUGAAAGCAUAGAUGACAAAUGGAAUGAAAGAGAUGAUUCGUGGUCGCCUUGUCAGAAUCAGCAGGUGCAUCAUCACAUCACCCCAGACUUGACGGAUGAGUCCUCUGACAAUGUAAAAGUCAGAAUUACGAAAUCAGAAACAGCUGCUCAGUCUGAUUGCCACCCGAUCCCACCUGUCAGCAGUAUAACGGUGACAUUUACUGAUGAUGAAUGGAAUGGAAGUGACGUUGCCUUAACGGAGCAGCAGCGGGAGCAGAAGACUUGUCGUUUCUGUGGCAAGUUUUUUAACAGGGACUCUGAUCUGAUCAGACACGUUGAAAAGACUCACAUGAGUACGAGGGCCUUUCAGUGCUCUGAAUGUGACAAAGAGUUUGCUUGUAGGAGCCAUCUGGAUGCGCAUGUAAGAAUUCACACAGGUGAAAAGCCACACAAGUGUUCUUUCUGUAGUAAAUCUUUCACUCAAAGGUCAAAUCUCAACGUCCACGUUCGGCUGCACACUGGUGAAAAGCCGUAUUUUUGCAAAGCGUGCGGCAAAAAGGUUGCCUAUAGCUCUCACCUCAAAACGUGCGGUAUGAAGGAGCUCAGAGGGAAGGACUCAUUUUGCUGUUUGGUUUGUGGUGAAGAGUUUCACACUGCUUCAAAACUGUGGGUCCACAAGAGGAUCCAUGAAGCCGGGAAACCCCACACUGUUUUCUCGCCUUUGGACUGAUCACAGGACUGAAUUGACAUUUGUUUCCAGUAUAUCUGCAGAACCUUUAAAGGUCUCAACAUUUCUUAAAUUCAAUUUUGUAAAUACUCGGCCCUAAAAGUUAUUAAAUGAUCUUAAAUUUGAAAUCCUGAGGUUUUUAUUGCUACAAACAUUUCAUCUGAUUUUAUCCAUCUUUAUUUGUCAAAAUAAAACAUCUGGAUCUGGGGAAUUUGGAGGCCGGAUUGAUGUGUUGAGCUCUUUGUCACGUUCUUUGGAGCAGUUUUGGCAGUGUAGCAUGGCGCGUUGUUCUGCUCGGGAGGCCAUUGCCAUCAAAUGGUAUCCACAUGACUGCCAAGAACCAAAAGUUUCUCAGCAGAGCAUUGCAAUGUAACAAGAUGAUCAAUGUUAUUCACUUCACCUGCCAGUGGUUUUGGUUAAAAGUUUGCUUGAAAAAGGUCAUUAAAGCAAUAUAUUUAAGUGUCCGAUACCUGAAGACACCCUGGUUUCACUUUAUUCAUUAUUUCUUAAUUUCUUAGUUAAUAUUUCUAAACAAGUUUUUAAAAAAUUAAGGUGCCGAAUCAGAGGUUUGGAGCAAAAAGACAAACAAUUACAGCCAUUUUAGUUGUCUCUGUUUAAGACCUCAGCCUUUUCAGUCCACUUUUGUUGAGAUCUCUGAGCAUUUCAAGUCUUACUUUUUUUAGUCCUGUUACUGCUCAUGUUUAUUUUGCACCUCUUUGUGAAUGAAAUAAACUAUUUUUCCUAUUUUGUAAUGACAAAGACCCUUUUGUGAUACUUGUAGACUAACCUAACGUGGUAGUAAACCUCUUACAAUAAAAACCAUGUAUCCAGCACAAA